CGGUCGACUUAUCUCGCGCCGGGAAAGCAUGGGGUGCGUGUGGCGGCAUAAUCUAACCUACAAAUUCGAGGAAUAAACAUCAAUCGUAGGUAGAUAAUACGGUGUUUGCGCUCGACAAAUGACGCGUACCUCGAGCCACGUAUUUUGAAUCAGCGAGUGCCAACAUGUUCCCGACAGUAGCGAUGUUUCAGCGAGCCCUGUCCGUUAGAACGGUGUCCUGCGCCCUGUCCUACCGUUUCCUCGACCGGGUAAACGGGUUCGCCGAUUCCGCCUCGACGAAAGAAACCAGUGAAAUCGGUGCAUCGGCCACGGAUGAGUCGCGGAACGAGCCGACCACCGAUCCGGAUGAUCCUGACGCUCCCUCGGGCAGGGAGAACGUCGCGCAGAUGCUGGCGGAGGCUGCCACUUACAGCGAUGCCAAGGACACGAGCUGGGCGACGAGCCCUUAUCCCGCCGGCGCUCCGACCUCCGUCGGGGAGGAAGAGGCCGUACGACCCAAGAUUGAUCCCCUGGACACCUGCGUCUUGCUCUUCCCGGGACAGGGUACUCUCAAAGUCGGCGCGGUGCAGAAAUACCUGCGCUUUCCACAGGCGAAAGAGCUGUUCGAGAUAGCCAACGAGAUCCUCAACUACGAUCUGCUCAAGAUCUGCCUGAAAGGACCCCAGCAGAAGCUGGAUCAGACCAGGUUCAAUCAACCGGCCACGGUGGUGAGCUCGCUGGCAGCACUGGAGAAGCUCCGCGAGGAGAGACCCAAGGUAUUUGACACCUGCAAAGCGACCGCUGGCUACAGUAUAGGCGAACUGACUUCCCUGAUCUUCUCGAGCGUCCUGUCUUUUGAGGAUGGCAUCAGGUUGGUCGCUGUCAGGGGUGCCGGCAUGCAGUACGCUUCUGAGCGCUCGCGUCAGGGUAUGCUGUCGCUGUUCUGCACUCCAGCGGCUCAGCUAACAAAAGCGUGCGAGGAUGCGAUGAAAUGGGCGCAGGAUAACGGCGUGGAAGACCCAGUUUGCCAGGUGGCGGUGUACCUUUAUACUCAAGCGAGGAUAGUGGCAGGGCACACAGAGGCGCUCAACUACAUAGAAAAGAACGCAGAGAAGUACGGGCUGACCAGGCUAACGAGGCUGCCCGUGUCUGGAGCGUUUCACACGAGUCUGAUGGAGCCCGCGCUGAAAUCAUUCGGCAAGAUGCUCCACGAGGUGCAACUGGACAAGCCCAGGUGUCAAGUCUACUCCAAUUUUAAAGGGCACCAACACAGCAAUGAGAAGUUGAUCAGGAAGUACUUGCUCAGGCAGAUUGUCUCGCCCGUCAAGUGGGAGCAGUGCAUGCAGUAUGUAUACUGCAGGAAGGCAGGAAUGGCCUACCCCCGCACGUUCGACGUGGGAUCUGGUGGAAGAAUGUCGACAAUCCUGAAGCUGAUCAAUGCGAAAGCGCAUGAACAUUGUAUAUCCGUCUAAUCUCUUUUACAUUACGUAUUUUUUGUGACUGAAAAAGAAGCUUGCUCGAUUACUCUGUAUCAUCUUGUACAUACUUGGUAAACGUAAGUCGUAGUUUCUUGCUGCAAAAUAAAGGAGACUCAAAUUGUACAAAAUAUGGAAAGUUUUAUGCACUUGUGUAAACGUGAAUUUGACACCACAAUAAAAAUUCUCUCCAAAA